AUGAAUUUCACACCAGGCGACAGCAACGUAACGAUGACUGUGAAUUACCGGGACGCGUUUGGUUUGGCUGUUGGCAAGAAUGUGAUCAUUAUUGUCCUCGGCAUCACCAUCAACUACAUCAAUGCCACAAUGGUCCAUACUUUCAACAGGCAUCAUGUCUUCAAGAUGAACCCUCGCUUUAUCCUUUUCAUCCACCUGGUGUUCAAUGACAUGAUCCAGCUGACAACCAGCAUUUCCCUCUUCAUCUUCACUUACACCUUCCACACCAUCUAUGUCUCCUUCUGUUGUCUCCUCAUCUUGCCAGCCAUCUUCACCACACAAAACACCCCUUUAAACUUAGCCUUCAUGGCAGUGGAGUGCUACAUUUCUGUCUGCAUUCCCCUCCGCUACAACUGCAUAUGUACAGUCAAAAGAACAUAUAUUGUAAUUGGAAUAAUCUGGACACUGAGCUCAUUUUCUGUCUUACCGGAUGUUUUCAUCCUUUUGGCCACUGAACCUCUGGAGUUCAUAACUUCAAAAGUGUUCUGCUCCAGGGAUACAGUGUUCAGGAGUACCUACAGUGUGAAGAAGAGGGAUACAUCCCACAUGUUGUUUCUUGUAGUGGUUUGGCUCACUCUGUUCUGCACGUACUUCAGAAUUUUGUUUGUGGCCAAAGCUGCUAAGGCAGACACUAAAAAGGCAAGAAACACAAUCCUCCUUCAUGGCUUUCAGGUGCUGUUGUGUAUGAUAACCUAUGUGCGGCCUAUCUUAAUUCAAGUGCUGACAUACUUUUUCCCAGGGAGAGCUACCGCCAUACAUUUUUUUACCUUUAUUGUGAGCCAAAUUCUCCCUCGCUUUAUUAGUCCUGUUGUCUACGGGUUACGAGACAAGACUUUCAGGAAGUACUUCAAAAAGUAUCUCUGUGCUUUUACUGUCAGCCACUGA